UGGGCAGCAGUUGUGGAUGCCGGGGCAGUCCUCAAGCCGCUGUCUCGCCGGGAACAAGCCUUAUGAAGUUGAUGGCAAGGGCGGCCCUCCUGCUCCUCCUUCUGCCACUACUGCCGGGGACACUAGCCACCCCCACCGCCAAGCAGAAGCAGGAGUCCCAGGUGAGGGGAGGAGGAGGAGGAGAAGGAGGAGGAGGAGGAGGAGGAGGAGGACAACUAGCGGCGGGAUGGAGUGGUGAUCGACCCGUCAGGAAGGUCUCCGCUCCAGCGCCCAGUUCACCAUCAUCACUACCUGAGCUCCCGACCCCCGCCAUCCCCCGGCCGCUCCCUCUCCCCCCGCAGGCAGCAGUCCACGCCGCCAGGACAAAACGCAGCAUCACCCACCACACUCGACGCCUACACGCUCCAUCAUCGCCAAAUGCCAACACUCACCGCGGGAGGAGAUUCAGACCCACCCACACAGGCACGCCCCCGCAGACCAAGUCCCUCAGAAGAUCCCGCACCAGACCGACGCCCGACAGAAGAGCGAAAAAAUAAUAAGAGACACAAAAAGGAGAGAAGAAAAAAGAAGGUAGUCUCUGCCGCGCGACCCGCUGGAGUGGGUGACACGGCUAGAGCCUCUUAUGUCAUCAGCGACAUCACAGACGCAAACCAGCAAAAGCAGCAGAAGGAGGCGCCUUUCCUGUCUCCACCUGCCAGAUCUAGUGACUACAGCCAGACUCCUCGGAAUUCCAGUAACUUUGACGGCCGUCCCGGGGACGGUAAGACAGGAGAAGCCGCGCGUCCCCUCAACCAGGCUACUCUCAAGAGCCUGACCUCGAGACACAAUGGCAUAAUUGAUUCUGACACAAUCGUGAAGGACGGACAGAUAUUCCACAGGCACGAUGCCAGGGAGGACAGGAGAGGAAAGAGCAGGGGGCAAAGUCGGCGCCGACACGCCAGACGAGGAGACCAGCUAGCCAUAUUAGAUGAGACUUUUCAGCGGGACGUGGGGCACAGGGGAAUGGUUGAUCCCACAAGUUAUUUCACGGCUGAGGCCCUGAACAGGGGCGGACAUAGCCAGACUCGAGUGGCGGGCAACAUGCGCGGCGUGGACGGAUCAGCUGUGACCCUGAGUAGGGGCAAGGUGACCCAAGCUGCGGUCAUUCUUGGGGAGAACUCCUCCUCCAGAGCGCAGGUCACAGACCACCACGGAGCAGAUGACCCCGUUCUCGCCUCCACUGUGGGUGCUGACCAGCGGGGCGGCUCAGCGGAUGCCAGGGCCAGAGCUCCUGACGCCGCCACUACCCACGCCCAGAUCGAGUUUACUCCCACUUCUCACUAUGAGACGGAGCUCGGCGAGCACGGCACUGCAUCGGCUCUCUCCACUCCCGACGGGGAAUCUACUAUUGCCACUCUGGGCGGCCAGGCCAAACGCGGCUCAUAUCUAGGCACAGCACACUCUAGUACCCUGCAGGAGAAUUACCCGCCCCACCACGCCCAACCCUCUUUCGAAAACGAAGGGACGCAGGAACAGAAUGCCAAGAAUAUAAGUCACGUGCUAAUGGAUAUGUCAGACAUGGUGGACAGCAUCAUGGAGACGGUGCACCAGCCAGACCUGCCGCAGAAGGCAGCCCACCUCCCACCAGACACGCACCGCACCCGACCGGAAACCAAGGUGGUCCCGGCCAAGGAAGGCUUGGUGGGCGGCAACGGAGACCCUCCUAAGGAAAGUGAGAUUGGCCGCGUGUCUCAACAAGAGUAUCAGGAGCAGGAGCGUGGUGGGAGCCAGGUGGUCCCUCAGGCAGCAGGCCAGGUGGACAGUGCUGCCUACUACCAGGGGCAACGCGGGACACCUCCCGAAGGCAGUGACUGGAAUGGACUGUCUGAGGACUACAGAUACAACCCAUCCAUGUACUACAACUUCGAUUACCCGACUGACUACCGCACGACGAUCGACUACGACGCCCCGUACCUGGACCUGGAUCCAAAGGUCUUUCACGUGCAGCCCUUGGAGCUGGACCUGAACACUCUGUACCCGACGCCCGCCCCGCCUGUGCCGCGCCCGCAUCCAGACCAGACUGAGGGCCACUCCCCAGCUGUUGUCCACCAGCUGCAGACCACAACUCCCGCCCUGCCGCAAUACCAGUUCGUGUCAGCUCCAGAUCAGCCCAAUAUUCCAGACUAUUCCCACUCCCCAGACCAUUCCCAGCCCGAUAUUCCAGACUAUUCCCACUUCCCAGACCAGCUUGAUAUUCCAGACUAUUCCCACUCCCCUGACCAUUCCCAGCCUGAUAUUCCAGACUAUUCCUAUUCCCCAGACCAUUCCCAGCCUGAUAUUCCAGACUAUUCUCACUCACCAGACCAUUUCCAGCCUGAUAUUCCAGACUAUUCCCGCUCCCCAGACCAGCCUGAUAUUCCAGACUAUUCCCACUCCCCAGACCAUUCCCAGCCUGAUAUUCCAGACUAUUCCCACUCUCCAGACCAUUCCCAGCCUGAUAUUCCAGACUAUUCCCACUCCCCAGACCAUUCCCAGCCCGAUAUUCCAGACUAUUCCCACUCCCCAGACCAUUCCCAGCCUGAUAUUCCAGACUAUUCCCACUCCCCAGACCAUUCCCAGCCUGAUAUUCCAGACUAUUCCCACUCCCCAGACCAUUCCCAGCCUGAAUAUUCCCACUCCCCAGACUAUUCCCAGCCUGAUAUUCCAGACUAUUCCCACUCCCCAGACCAGCCCAAUAUUCCAGACUAUUCCCAUUCCCCAGACCAUUCCCAGCCCAAUAUUCCAGACUAUUCCCACUCCCCAGACUAUUCCCAGCCUGAUAUUCCAGACUAUUCCCACUCCCCAGACCAGCCCAAUAUUCCAGACUAUUCCCAUUCCCCAGACCAUUCCCAGCCCAAUAUUCCAGACUAUUCCCACUCCCCAGACUAUUCCCAGCCUGAUAUUCCAGACUAUUCCCAUUCACCAGACCAGCCUGAUAUUCCAGACUAUUCCCACUCCCCAGACCAUUCCCAGCCCGAUAUUCCAGACUAUUCCCACUCCCCAGACCAUUCCCAGCCUGAUAUUCCAGACUAUUCCCACUCCCCAGACCAUUCCCAGCCUGAUAUUCCAGACUAUUCCCACUCCCCAGACUAUUCCCAGCCUGAUAUUCCAGACUAUUCCCGUUCACCAGACCAGCCCAAUAUUCCAGACUAUUCCCACUCCCCAGACCAUUCACAGCCUGAUAUUCCAGACUAUUCCCACUCCCCAGACUAUUCCAGCCUGAUAUUCCAGACUAUUCCCAGCCUAAUAUUCCAGAUUAUUCCCAUUCUCCAGACCAGCCCCAUAUUCCAGACUAUUCCCAGCCUGAUAUUCCAGACUAUUCCCACUCACCAUACCAUUCCCAGCCCCAUAUUCCAGACUAUUCCCACUCACCAGACCAGUCCAAUAUUCCAGAUUAUUCCCACUCCUCAGGCCAUUCCCAGCCCCAUGUUCCACAGUAUUCCCACUCAUCAGACUGGUCCAAUACUCCAGACUAUUCCCACCCCCCAGACCAUUCCCAGCCCAAUAUUCCAGAUUACUUCCAAGACCUGAAUCAAUCCCACAUUCUAGACUAUUCUCAGCCUGAUAUUCCAUACUAUUCCGAUUUACCAGACCAUUCCCAGCCUGACAUUCCAGACUAUACCCAGCCUGAUGUUCCAGAUUAUUCCCACUCACCAGACCAUUCCCAGCCUGAUAUUCCAUACUAUUCCCAGUCCCAUACUCCAGAUUAUUCCCACUCACCAGACCAUUCCCAACCCUCUAUCUCAGACUCCCAAACACCAGAUCAACUCCCCAUAUCACACCAGUCCCGAAUUCCAUACACCUCCCAGCCACAUGUUCCAGAUCAGCCCAGAGUUGCAGGCCAAUUUGACACACCUCCACAUGUCUCCACUCCGGGACUUCCCUACACCUCAGACCCAUUGCCAGACCAUGUUAUUCCAGAUUACUCCAGAACUCCAGACCACAUUCCAGACUACUCCCCGACUCCUGAUCAGCCGCACAUUCCAGAUUAUUCCCAAAGUCCAGGUCGACCUCUAACACCAGACCAUCACACUCCCCAUCAGCCCUCAGUUCCAGCUUCAUUCCCCAGUCCCCAGCAACAUUAUGGUCCUGGCUCACUGCCCACUCCAGAACACAGCCCAGCUCAGCCUUCAUAUUCAGACCAAAGGGAAACCAAUCAACCCUCUAUUCCCAGACCCUCAGGUAGUGGGGUCUUUGGAGCUGCAGGUGGGGGCAGGGAUGGCAUGGGAUCAGUACAGACAAUGGCAAUGGGGGUGCCUUUGGUGCCUGGUGAGCCUGGCAGUUCUCAGAUAUUACCUAAUGGUGAAGGUGGUCCCAUCCUCAAUGUCAUAACAAUGCCAGUCAAUCACGGCAUGGACACAUCAGUGAUGCAGCGGCGCCCUGGGGCACCCAUUCAGCCAGGACAGAAUAUCCCAGGGGCACCAGGGUACAAAAUCCCUGCUGGGUUCAGAGGUCGUAUCAUCCUGGGUCAUGUCAUGCCUGCAGAGGGAAGCUCCCGGUUUCAGCUGGAAGAUUUCAAUACACAAAUGCACCUCACACCACAGUCACCUGCUUCAGGCACAGUCUUUGCAUCUGUCAGCAGUCCGCAGGCAUCACAGAGACUCACCAGUGAAGGUGGUUUGCCCGGGGUCCAUGUCACUCUGGGUGGGGGUGAUCACCGCCAACAGUACCGGGCACAUGGUCAACAUCCUUCCAUGCGAGGAGACCAGAGAUAUGCCACAGAUCAUCGCCAGUGGGAUACUGACCCAGCAGCAAGGCAUGUAAAACCUUCACACAGAGGUCAGCCAGGUGCAACUUUAGAAAGUGAUUGGCAAAAUGGUAGAGGCAGAGCCUCAGUUUCAUCCACUGUAGGUUCUUGGAAUCGAAAUCCAACAAACAUGCCAAGUAAGUCCUGGAAUGGCAGACACAUUUCUCAACAACAAGAAGAACCCUGUACCUACAUCACCAUAGUAUGCAGGGUUAUGGUAGACAACCUUGGCAACAGGAGACAGUGCAGACCUUCAUACAACAGGCACUGUUGACAAGCUAACAUUUCCACAAAAAGUCUUGGUUGCACCACCAUCUAGAACACCUGCGUAUACUGUUGAGCAGUUACAGCAUCUAUCAUAAAGCAUCAACUCCUAAAUAAUAAUUUCCACUGUUGUCAAUUCAUUAAUUUGCAAUUUUUAGUUGUCAUUUGCUAACACAAAACUGUAAAUUCCAAACCUUAAUUUUUUAUUUAGCAGCUGCUCCACAUGAUGCAUGCUGACUGACUCGUGCCUGCAACAGCAUAAGAGCAUACCUUCGUCCAUGUCUUUGAAAUGUAGACAAACAUUUCUCUACAAUGCCCCUAUGUACAAGGCAUACUUGUGUUACUUUAAGUUGCAUUUGCAAACCUGAUAAACGGACAAAGAAAACUCAGUAGUUCUUCCAUUCAUAUAUUGUGAAAAAAAAUUUCUAUCACAAAA